GUCCGUUGGCAAACACACGCAGAGCUACCCAACGGAUUCCUAUGGGAUUCUUGAAUUCCAGGGUGGUGGAUACGUCAAUAAAGCCAUGUACAUUCGCGUGUCCUACGACACCAAGCCGGAUUUCCUGCUUCAUCUCAUGGUGAAGGACUGGCAGCUGGAACUCCCCAAGCUCUUAAUAUCUGUGCAUGGAGGGCUGCAGAACUUCGAGAUGCAGCCCAAGCUGAAGCAGGUGUUUGGCAAAGGCCUGAUCAAGGCCGCGAUGACCACGGGGGCCUGGAUCUUCACGGGUGGCGUCAGCACUGGUGUCAUCAGCCACGUGGGAGAUGCCUUGAAAGACCACUCCUCCAAGUCCAGAGGGCGGGUCUGUGCUAUAGGGAUUGCUCCGUGGGGUAUGGUGGAGAACAAGGAAGACCUGAUUGGAAGGGAUGUCACGCGAGUGUACCAGACUAUGUCCAACCCCCUGAGUAAGCUCUCUGUACUCAACAACUCUCACACGCACUUCAUCCUGGCUGACAACGGCACGCUGGGCAAGUACGGGGCGGAGGUGAAGCUGCGCCGGCAGCUGGAAAAGCACAUCUCUCUGCAGAAGAUCAACACGAGGAUAGUGUCCAGGUUCUAGCUUUUGAACUGGCUCACACAUACCAAAUGGACGAGCUAGGAGAAGGGCACUGUACAUUGAUCCAAACUCUUGACUGUGGUUUGCGUUGCAGGACUGGGCCAGGGAGUGCCGGUUGUGGGCCUCGUGGUGGAAGGGGGCCCGAAUGUGGUUUCCGUGGUCUUGGAAUACCUUCGGGAAGAUCCUCCCAUCCCAGUGGUGGUUUGUGAUGGCAGCGGGCGAGCUGCAGACAUUUUGUCCUUCGCACACAAAUACUGUGAAGAAGGAGGGGGCAUAAACGAAUCCCUCAGGGAUCAGCUUCUCGUUACCAUUCAGAAAACAUUUAAUUAUAGCAAGAGCCAGUCCCAUCAGCUGUUUGCAAUCAUCAUGGAGUGCAUGAAGAAGAAAGAACUUGUCACCGUGUUUAGAAUGGGUUCUGAGGGGCAGCAGGAUGUCGAGAUGGCCAUUCUAACCGCCCUCCUGAAAGGAACCAAUGCUUCUGCUCCAGACCAGCUGAGCUUGGCUCUAGCUUGGAACCGAGUGGACAUAGCACGAAGCCAGAUCUUCGUCUUCGGGCCCCAUUGGCCGGUGAAUGCUUUGGAGCAAGCCAUGCUGGAUGCUCUAGUCUUAGAUCGAGUUGACUUUGUGAAGCUCCUGAUUGAAAAUGGAAGGCUGGGCCCACCAAACACACUUCAUCUGCUGGUGAGGGAUGUAAAAAAGAGCAACCUUCCCCCGGAUUAUCACAUCAGCCUCAUUGACAUCGGGCUGGUGCUGGAAUACCUCAUGGGCGGAGCCUACCGCUGCAACUACACCCGGAAGAGUUUUCGGACUCUUUACAACAACUUGUUUGGGCCUAAGAGGGAUGAUGAACCUCCCACCAAAGGGAAGAAGAAGAAAAAGAAGAAAAAGGAGGAAGAGAUCGACAUCGAUGUGGAUGACCCAGCUGUGAGUCGAUUCCAGUACCCAUUCCACGAGCUGAUGGUGUGGGCCGUACUGAUGAAGCGCCAGAAGAUGGCCAUCUUCCUCUGGCAGAGAGGGGAGGAGAGCAUGGCCAAGGCCUUGGUGGCCUGUAAGCUCUACAAAGCCAUGGCCCACGAGUCCUCGGAGAGCGAGCUGGUGGAUGACAUCUCCCAGGACCUGGACAACAAUUCCAAAGACUUUGGCCAGCUUGCGGUGGAGUUGUUAGACCAGUCCUAUAAGCACGAUGAGCAGAUUGCCAUGAAACUUCUAACCUACGAGCUAAAAAACUGGAGCAACUCAACCUGCCUCAAGCUGGCUGUGGCAGCAAAACAUCGAGACUUCAUUGCUCAUACCUGCAGUCAGAUGUUACUGACUGACAUGUGGAUGGGAAGGCUUCGGAUGAGGAAGAACCCAGGCCUUAAGGUUAUCAUGGGGAUUCUCAUCCCCCCCACCAUCUUGUUUUUGGAGUUCCGAACAUACGAUGAUCUCUCAUAUCAAACAUCCAAGGAAAACGAAGAUGGCAAAGAAAAAGAAGAAGAGAAUGUGGAUGCAAAUGCGGAUGCUGGUUCCAGAAAGGGGGAUGAGGAGAAUGAGCACAAAAAGCAGAAAAGCAUUCCCAUUGGAACAAAAAUCUGUGAAUUCUACAAUGCUCCCAUUGUCAAGUUCUGGUUUUACACAAUAUCGUACCUGGCCUACCUACUGCUGUUUAACUAUGUCAUCCUGGUACGCAUGGACGGCUGGCCCUCCUUCCAGGAGUGGAUCGUGAUCUCCUACAUCGUGAGCCUGGCACUAGAGAAAAUACGUGAGAUCCUCAUGUCAGAACCCGGCAAACUCAGUCAGAAAAUUAAAGUAUGGCUUCAGGAAUACUGGAACAUCACAGACCUUGUGGCCAUUUCCAUGUUCAUGGUUGGAGCCAUUCUUCGCCUACAGAACCAGCCAUAUAUGGGCUAUGGCCGGGUCAUCUACUGUGUAGACAUCAUCCUUUGGUAUAUCCGCGUCUUGGACAUUUUUGGUGUCAACAAGUAUCUUGGCCCUUAUGUGAUGAUGAUUGGGAAGAUGAUGAUUGACAUGCUGUACUUCGUGGUCAUCAUGCUGGUUGUGCUGAUGAGUUUUGGUGUAGCCCGUCAGGCCAUUUUGCACCCUGAGGAGAAGCCUUCUUGGAAACUGGCCCGCAACAUCUUCUACAUGCCUUACUGGAUGAUCUACGGCGAAGUGUUUGCAGACCAGAUUGACCCUCCUUGUGGUGAAAACCUCUAUGAUGAAGAGGGCAAGCGUCUGCCUCCUUGCAUCCCGGGUGCUUGGCUUACUCCUGUCCUCAUGGCCUGCUACCUGCUAGUGGCAAACAUCCUGCUUGUCAACCUGCUGAUUGCUGUUUUCAACAAUACCUUCUUUGAAGUCAAGUCAAUAUCCAAUCAGGUGUGGAAGUUCCAACGAUAUCAGCUGAUCAUGACAUUUCACGACAGGCCUGUCCUACCCCCACCGAUGAUCAUUCUGAGCCACAUCUACAUCAUCAUUAUGCGUCUCAGCGGCCGCUGCAGGAAGAAAAGAGAAGGCGACCAAGAGGAACGGGAUCGUGGAUUGAAGCUGUUCCUUAGUGAUGAGGAGCUGAAGAGACUGCAUGAGUUCGAGGAGCAAUGCGUGCAGGAGCACUUCCGGGAGAAGGAGGAUGAGCAGCAGUCAUCCAGCGAUGAGCGCAUCCGGGUCACCAGUGAGAGAGUUGAAAAUAUGUCAAUGAGAUUGGAAGAAAUCAAUGAAAGAGAAAAUUUUAUGAAAACGACCCUACAGACUGUCGACCUUCGACUUUCUCAACUUGAAGAACUCUCCAGCAGGAUGGUGAAUGCUCUGGAAAAUCUUGCGGGCAUUGACAGGUCUGAUCUGAUCCAGUCAAGGUCCCGAGCUUCCUCCGAAUGUGAGGCCACUUACCUUCUCCGCCAAAGUAGCAUCAAUAGCUCUGAUGGCUACAGCCUAUACCGCUACCAUUUCAACGGGGAAGAACUGCUGUUUGAAGACACCUCUGUCUCCGUGCCUCCAGGGACAGGCCUCCGGAAGAAAACUUGUUCCUUCCGGGUGAAGGAGGACAAGGACCCUAAAGUCCAUCUAGCUCCAGAAAGGCAGACUAGCCUGCACUUUGCAUCGGGCCCCAGUCCCCCAGCAACCCCAGUUCACAGUCAACGUAAAGUAGAUGGCACCACAGUCACUUCAGAGCCCAAAUUAGGACCAGACAUCGGCAUUUCAACCCUAGAUGAUGAAAGGCAGGCCGACACUAAAGUAGAGGAAAUGAUGUCCUCUGGUUUAAAUGCAACAGAUGUGAUGUCUGGACAGAAAUCAGAUUUUCCGAAUACUCAGCUCACAGUGGAAACAACCAAGAUAGAAGGCACUAUUUCCUAUCCAUCGGAAGAAAGCAAAAUCGCACGCUAUUACCCAGAUGACACACUCAACGCUUACAAAACAAUGAAAUCCAGAAGCUUUGUGUAUUCCGAGGGAAGAAGACUGGUUGGUGGGUUUCACAACUGGGGUGCUGAGUACAGUUCAAUCAUGGAUCAAGCCUGUCCCUCGUCUGUCCAGCAAUGGACAACAGAAUGGAAAUAUGAAGUUCAGAAGAUCACCCGUUCCCGUAGCACUGAUAUCCCUUGUAGGGUGUCUGAGGCUGCAGUUCAAGCUGAGCAAAGAGAGCAAUCCACAGACACGGAAGAUGACAAUUGCUUUUCUCAAAGAGUCCCUCCGAUCUCUCCGGUAGCCCUCCCUGCUACAGACAGAACUGGAAAGGAGAACUUACUGUCCGUGAAGCCACAACAAACUUUGGGAUUCCCAUCGCCAAGGUCAAGAAGUUUCCAUGGCCAUCCCAGGGCUGUCAAGUGCAUUCAGGGGAAACUAGAUAGAUCUGGACAUGCCAGCAGUGUGAGUAACUUAGUAGUUGUGUCUUCAGUUACCAUGGAAGAAAGAAAUAUAAAGCAGGAGAAAACUUCCACUGAAACUGACUGCUAAGUUUGUAUUCUGAUAGGAAGGAAGGAAGGAAGGAAGGA